CGGUCCAUUUCUGCACCAUAACGGGACAAAGAACAACAAAUCUCCACGUUUCUGUCAAACGUUUUAUGUUUGUUUUAAACCGAGUCUUGGCUGCGGACAGAAAGAACCAGGAGCAAUGGAGGAUUCCAGAAGAAGCAGAUGUAACAGCCUUGAUACCGGCUCCCUGUUCGACAAGGCGGUGUUGAACCACGGCGACUUUGUAAGCUUCGACCCUGAAGCCUCUGAGCCUCUGAUGGGCCACGAGCCCACGCCGGCAGAGGUGGCUCAGUGCGAAGCAGAAGUCAGCACCCUGCUCAGCAUUAUCGCUGAACUCAACAAGAAGAUGGGGUCGCUGAAGGCUCCGAGGCUUUUCUCUUUCAGUGAACCAGGAGACGUGAGACCACCACGUCCAUCCAGACCUCUGGUUCCUCCGGACCUUUUGUCUCACCGGCUGCUCAGAAGCAGCCCAGAGAGCAGCUCUGCUUCUGUCGUCUCAUCUAAACAUCCAGUGACUGAACAAGGGGGCGGUGGUGUCGUCUGGACGCAGCUGCAGGAGGUUUUAUCAUCCGUGGAGGACUCGAUCAGCUUCAGGAGGACCUGGGCCGCUCCAAUCACAGCCUCUGACCAGAAUAAGCCCACAGAGCACCUGAGAGCUGCUCAGGAGAACUGGACCAAAGCCACCCAGGUGAUGAACUGCAGGCAAACACCCCAUAUGCUGGAGAUGCUGGAGAGAGACUUUGGGAUUUCAUGUUCUUCGGGGAUGCCAAAGGAUCAGAACUUGGAGGACUUGCUGAAUCUGGAAAAACAUGAUUCUGUACCCAGGAACAACUUGCCGAGUCACAGUGAAGAGCUGCAGAGAGCUCAAAGCAACAUUUACUCACUGGAAGAGGAGAAAAACAAGUUGGUUGGUCUCCACAAGGCCUGGAGGUCUGACAGAUAUUCUCCUUCAUACCGGCCUCCUUCGGGGGCUCUCAGUCCAGACCGACCACCUCCCUCCUACCCUGGUUCACCUUUACUUCACAGAAGAACAUCCCGAGCUGCAACACCUUUGUCUCUGGGUGGGGACGGGUCUCCGCUGGGCUCUGUCUGCUCCAGCAGUCCCUGCCCCAGCAGUCCCUGCCCCAGCCCCAUCAGCCUGGAGUCAGAGACCGAGCGACUGAACAGAUGCAUCGAGAGGCUGAAGGCCAGAAACGAACGUCUGACUGCGGCUCUGGAGCGAAGGAAGGCGGAUUCGGAGCAGAUGACGACGAAACUGAGCAGACUGGAGUCUCACUGCUCCGCCCUGCAGACGGCUCUCAGAAAAUGUGAGGAGUGUGAGGACGCCUACGGCGAGCUGAUGUACCUUUAUGAAGCCAAGGCGCAGCAAAGCCUCCCUCUGGAGAUGCGCUCAGAAGAGCCGGUUGGUGGCACACGGCAGACUGACGGUCCGGCAGCUCAGAACCCAGAGAUGCAAACCGAGGAGUUAUCCACUUCGUUCUCCACAGCUGGAGUCACCGAGGAGACAAAGAGUCACUCCAGGCAGAGAGCUGCAGAAUCAGCGGAUCGAGAAGCGGAUCGAGAAGCGGCUCUCCGACGACAAAUCGAGCGGCUGAAGAGGGAGCGGGCAGCCGUUUUUCUGCCGAAGCCAGGUCCAGGAGCAGAGGUCAAGCUGGGCUCAGAAGCCGGUCAACCAGCUGGGCCCAGAUGGGGCUUCAUGAUGAAGGAUAGCAGCAAUCCUCCUGAGAGCAAGAGGGAGAAAGCUUCGCUGUUUUACGAGCUGAUCUCAGUCAGGGAGGAGAUGUCGGAUCUUCGAGCUUUAAUUCGCCUGAAGGAGAAGGAGCUGAGAUGCCUCGAGUGGAGUUUAAUGGGACUGAAGUCCCAGGAAGCAGCUGGAGUUUUCAUCCCAGAAAAUCUCAGAGAGGAGGCGGAGGAUCGGAAGACCGAACAGAGGUUUGGUGAGGAUGCUGCUAAAGCUGUUUGUGAUGAUGAAAUCCCAAGUUCUCUGACUCGACCCAUUCUCAAAGAGCUACAGGUGGUCCUACAGAGGGAACAAGCCCUGAAGAGGAGGGUGGCCAUGGUCCACGACUCCCUAAGCCCGGCUGUCUCAGACGGCUCCCCCCACAGGAAGGACAACGCCGAGCAGAUCGCUCGCCUCACACAGGCGCACAGCAAAGCCUUGAGUUCAUACAGGCAGAUUCGCAGGAAGUACCGGGAGCAGGUGUGGAGGCUGGAGCAGAAGGUUGCAGCCAUGAUGGAGAGUCAACACAGGGAGAGUGAGGCGGCCAAAGCUCCAGGCGAAGGAUCGGAGUGGAGGAGGGAGGAGACGGUUUUAUGAGACAAAGAUAGCUCAGUUAAAUAAUCACUCGUCGCUAAGACGCUGUUCACAUCAGCUGGAUGUGCAAAUCAGAUGUAGAAAUCCUGCUUUUUAAAAACUAUUUUUCUUAUACUCUGCACAUAUAUAAGUAAUUGCAGCACCCCUACAAGUACUGGCAAUGCUGCAAAUGCCUCAAAUUAAAAUAAAUUAAUCAUUCAUUGCAAAUAAUUAUUCCUUACCAGUCAGCAGGGCUGAGCUAAUAGAGGCUUCUCCUGUUAAUAGCUCUUCUCAUCAGCUGGCACCACAGGAUUUCGGGUCUGAGAGACUGUGAUGGCCAUUGGAGAUUGUGUCUGAAUCAUUUCUAUGUUUAUUCUCAACUCAUUCUGCUAAAACCACCCAAUGACAACCUGUGUCAGAGUUUUCUUUUUCAAUUUCCUUGUAUUUCAAAGAAGUUCAUGACAUCACACCCCCUAAACUUAAACCUAAACUUCCCCCAUACAUAACUGAGGGCAUAAAUUAGUUUUCCACAUAUAGCCAGUUCAAAAUAAAACAUCCACAGAGUUUAGGAACUCCACAUGUUUACGUCUAGUAUGGUUAGGACAGAAAAGGCUUUAUCCUUGCACAACUCUAAAUUAAACAGUUUGUAUGUUGUAUUGAUUUUUCCCACUGAGCUUCCAGUUGUUAAUUAAGAACUGAAUCAGCAGAUGAUUUGAGCCGGGCAACAGUGAUUAUGUUCAUUUUCCCAUAAAAAAAAAAAAAAUCCAUCGCCACCGUUGGGCCAACCGAGCUGCGUUAGCUUAGAGAAUAUGGGGGUGGGGGGGGGGGGUGGGGCCCGGCACAAUGGCUGAUCUUCACAUGAAAUGUUACGGCAAGCCCAUUUGUCUUCUUUGCACCUCUGUGGUCUCACGUUCUUUGCCUUUCACGCUUGACAGUUCAGUUAAAAGGUCAACUCAACCAAACUGCAAAAAAAAAAAAAAAAAAAAAAAAAAAAAAGGAGCAACUUUUCCCACUGCAGAUAUGUAAGUGAAGGAUCAUUUACCAAUGCACAAAGAAAAGCAGCUGCUCUAAUAAAACAUAAAGUAGUUUAAAAAGUAGAGACUGAAUUCAGCAGACAGACGGGCAAAAUUUUACAGACAAAUGGAAAUACUGCAGUAGAAAAUAAUAAUAUAUAAAACUAAAAAGCUUGUGCUUUUCUUUACGUGCAGCCGGAGCGACUGAAUUUCUCUAACCUUAUGCAAAUGAAGCAACCUCUCCUAAACACAUCUUCCUCACCUUCGAUCAUCUCCUCUCACUCAAUUGUCCAUUUUCCAAUCUUUCUUCUCAAUUUCCUGCCCCUCCAUCUUCUCCCACCUCAUCUCUCACCCAUCAGCCCCCCCCCACCCCCCCUCGGUCGACCCUGCACCCUGACCUUCCCGCUGCAGCUGUGACCGGCGGUCAGGAGGUUAAGGCAAAGGUUGAGUGUCACACCCACAGGGUCACAGCGAUGCUUGGCUGUUGUGUCAGGCUUUGAAUUGAAGGUUCGGGGCGGCAGACGAGGUGGCGAGCCCUCUGACGCCCCGACUGUUGCCUGAGCUUGCCCUUCCCUGAGCGGAGGUCAGCGCAGAGGCCCUUCCCUCCCUCUCAUCCCGUACCUCCAGGUCACCGGCAGCUAUUGUUGUAAUAGCUGCCAUUAGACCGCGUGAUGCAAUUAUCAUUCAAUUUUUAUGUUGCCACUCUCCGAGAUCUAUGUUAAGCUCCUCAGUUCAUCAAAGGUUUGUGGAAAACAUGGCUGCUGUAACCUCUGGGUGACUCUCGAGUCAAAGGCGAAAUAAUAACGACAAAAUGUCCCUUUGACUAAAAUAGGACAUUGUUUCAACUGCUUAAAAGUGACCUUUAAUGGAGACGUAAGGGACCGUCCCACAGGAGGUGCUUGUAAAACAUAAUUCAACUCAUAUAAGUAUUAUAAAAAUACAGAUUUUUAAAAAAAAUAUAUAUUAAUUCACAACAUGUUUUCUGUUUAGGACCAUGAAAGGAUUGUUUAUGUAAAAGGAAAAGUGGGAAAAGAUGCUAAAUAACCAAAGUUUAUAAACUCCAUUUUUUGGUUAAAAGCAUUUUUCAGUCGAUUAAUUUUCCACAUUUCGUCGCAUCCUUAAACUUCAGUGUAUUUUAUUGUUUUUUUAUGAUAGGUCAAUAAAAACAUGUAUAAAUGUGUAAACACAAGUAAGAUUUUCCUAAUUUUUGGACAUAUAAAAACCUGAAAUAUUAA